AUGGUCACUGCUACCCCCCCGCCCCCAAGGAACUGUCCCGACCCCCUACCCCCUCCUAUAGGACUGUCCUCUGAACCCCUUACCCCCCACGGAACUGUCCCCAUCCAGCCAACACGACAGCCUCACAGUACAGGCUAUAGAACCCCUCCACCACAACAACAACAGAACCCCAGUACAGACUAUAGAACCCCUCCACCACAACAACAACAGAACACCAAUACAGGCUAUAGAACCCCUCCACUACAACAACAGAACCCCAGUUCAGACUAUAGAUCCCCUCCACCACGACAACAGAACCCCAGUACAGACUAUAGAACCCCUCCACCACAACAACAACAGAACCCCAAUACAGACUAUAGAACCCCUCCACUACAACAACAGAACCCCAGUUCAGACUAUAGAACCCCUCCACCACAACAACAACAGAACCUCAAACCCCAGUACAACUAUAUAACCCCUCCACCACCACAACAACAGAACCCCAGUACAGACUAUAGAACCCCUCCACCACAACAACAACAGAACCCCAGUACAGACUAUAGAACCCCUCCACCACAACAGAACCCCAGUACAGACUAUAGAACCCCUCCACCACAACAACAACAACAGAACCCCAGUACAGACUAUAGAACCCCUCCACCACCACAACAACAGAACCCCAGUACAGACUAUAGAACCCCUCCACCACCACAACAACAGAACCCCAGUACAGACUAUAGAACCCCUCCACCACCACAACAACAGAACCCCAGUACAGACUAUAGAACCCCUCCACCACAACAACAACAACAGAACCCCAGUACAGACUAUAGAACCCCUCCACCACAACAACAGAACCCCAGUACAGACUAUAGAACCCCUCCACCACAACAACAACAACAGAACCCCAGUACAGACUAUAGAACCCCUCCACCACGACAACAACAACAGAACCCCAGUACAGACUAUAGAACCCCUCCACCACAACAACAGAACCCCAGUACAGACUAUAGAACCCCUCCACCACAACAACAGAACCCCAGUACAGACUAUAGAACCCCUCCACCACAACAACAACAUAACCCCAGUACAGACUAUAGAACCCCUCCACCACCACAACAACAGAACCCCAGUACAGACUAUAGAACCCCUCCACCACCACAACAGCAGAACCCCAGUACAGACUAUAGAACCCCUCCACCACAACAACAACAGAACCCCAGUACAGACUAUAGAACCCCUCCACCACAACAACAACAGAACCCCAGUACAGACUAUAGAACCCCUCCACCACAACAACAGAACCCCAAUACAGACUAUAGAACCCCUCCACCACAACAGAACCCCAGUACAGACUAUAGAACCCCUCCACCACAACAACAGAACCCCAGUACAGACUAUAGAACACCUCCACCACCACAACAGAACCCCAGUACAGACUAUAGAACCCCUCCACCACCACAACAACAGAACCCCAGUACAGACUAUAGAACCCCUCCACCACCACAACAACAGAACACAUAG